AUGGCGCUUUCCUUAGACCUUAUACAGAAUUUGAAUUGUAACAGCCCUCUUCUGAAGAGAAUUCAACUGGCAAAAGAAUUGUAUAUAAAUGAUGCAUUGUGUAUACCAAGAAAGAAAGAAAUUAUUUUAAACUGGUUUUCUGAUUUGAUCAGUUGCCAACAUCAAAAAGACAAAUAUGACAAAAGAAGAGAAGAGAACUUGCAUAUUUGGGAAUCUUUCAACUCAAUAUUAGAAUUAGAAUGCAAUGCUAAAACCAGGCCACUACUGAAAAGUUCUUUCGCACAGGUAAUUCUAGAAGCAGUGCAAGAGCUUGAGAAGGACUGGAAAGAAAAUUUAGGAAGUAUUGUGCUACGUUGUUGUCAGACAAUUCUCUUGUCCUCAUCAGUGACUUCAGUGUUUUCUCUAAAGUUUGAUUUACUGGUGUCUUUAUUAGCAGGUGUUGUAAAGCUAGUAAUGUUGGUGGAUGAAACAUGGAACAACAGCAUUGUUGAAGAAGUUUCUAGUUUGUUGGAUACAGUUGUUAAUCAGCUAGAAUCAUUACAAAAACCAAAUCAGAUUGAGGUUACAGCCCAAGUCAUUAAAGAAGUUUUUGAACCAGUCAUCAUUGUUCAUCUUCAAGCCUCGAAACAUGAACAUCUUAACUUGAAAAAAAGUGUGAAAAAACUUGUCCUUUUUAUCAACAGUGUCUUUUUUCAUAGGGAUCAUUUAGAAAAAUUUGAGAGAAUUCUGAAUGGUUCUUCCACUGAGAGUGAGAGUAACAACAAAUACCCAGAAAUCUUGUUUGAAAAAAUUGUGGCCUUGUUGAAUGGUGAGUCAACAUGUAUCACUGUCAAUUCUGAUGUUUUGAAGCUUUCUACAGUGGAAUUCCUACCUGAGAUCCUUAAAAGCUUUGCUUUUAAAACAAGAAAUUUUGAUAAUUAUCCAGUUUUGAAGUUUGCUGUUUUGCUGUGCAACAUCAUUGGUAUUGAAGUCAUUUCUCAGUUUUCUUCAGAUUAUUCUUUAUUUCCUGAUCAACAAAAGGUAAACCUCUCCAUUGAUUUAAAGAUAAGAGGAAUAGCAGAAAUCCUCAGGAGUUGUACAGAGGUCAAGAUAGAUACUAGCUAUAUACAGCAGUCUAGUAAAGAAAAACGAGGAUUCUUUAAGUGGUGUCAGAACGUUUUGGAAUGGUUAUUGAACAAUACUAGACUAAAUAAAUGCCCUGCAUUAUUUCAGAGUCUUGAUGCAUUGUUAAAACUGAGUCCAUUGAUUAUUGAACCAUCAAUUGUCAAAGUAUUUCAAACGUUGUGGCUACAGUGUGGUCAGCUUGAUGAAGAAACUAGGACCCACCAGACAGAUUUUCUCUGCCAUCUCUUAUCAACCUACUCUCGUCUGAGACAAAUUCCAAAAUUUCUUUCAAAACUGUUUCAUGCUGUAAAGACAAUAACUGAAGAGAAGACAGCCAGCCAAAUAAGUCCACUUUCCUCUUGUCUGCCAGCAGCUUUUAUGAUAAAGUUUACGGAAUCAGUGUUAAUGCUUCCUUUUGGACAGACUUUGAAUGCUUGGAAUGUGUUUUUGGACACUAUUACUGUGUUGCUGAAUAAAUAUAAGACAGGGAAGGAAAAACCAGAGGUGUGUGAAUGUUUAAAAAUUGUGACAACAAUUUUUCACAGUUUUCUUCUUCAUGCACGUCUUACUGAUGAAAUUCUUCCACCUGUAGCUCUGCCAGAAGUAGAGAAGUUAAUGGAAGUUCUCCAACAGUGUGUUAUUGACCUGUUUAACGUGUAUAAAGAUCAUAAUACGGUUCCAGGCCUUGGCUGGUCAUUUUUGAUUUUAUGUUACACCUGGGGAGAGGCUCAUCUACUUUUAAAAACCUAUCGGUCAGCUUACAAAAUGGAUUGGUCAGCUCAACCAGUCACAGAGCCACUUAGGACAGGGGAUUGCUCACUUCUACACCAUUACUUUCCAGCAGAAGAGUUUGAAAACUUGUUGGACAUCCAGAGUGAUGAAUUAACUUUUCACUAUUUUAAGGUACUUUUGUAUACUCAAAAAGUUAGAGCUAUACUGAUACUUUUGGACUGUAUACCAGCUGUGGUUAGAAAAACCCUUAGGUCUGUUGCUGCUUAUUUAGUUAAAAUUGCAAUUCAGUUGAUUGAUAUAGACAGCUGUGUAUCUUGGAAUGGACAGAUAUCAAACAUAACAGUGGAAAACUUUCAAGUGCCUUUGUGGCACCACCUGCUCGAGCAUCUACCUGUUAUUUUGCCAUAUCUUGGACCAAAGAAGAUAGCAAAUUUAUCAGACUUGAUGGUGAAUAUUCUUAUAGAAUCAACUGAACAAAGUUUACCAUCUGGCGAAUUAACUUUGUAUAUUGUAACCAAACAUUUUAUAAUGACAUCCAUCUUCCAAGAAUUGAGAAGCCUUCAAACAGCAUUUGUGGGAUCUUUGUGGAAAUAUGCUGAAAAGCUCUUCCAGGGCUCUAAAAGAAAAAAUGAUGAACAAAGGAGUGAUGGCUUGACUGAGAAACUGUUUACCCAUCUUUCUGGAAAAUCCAAGUUGUGGUCAGAGUUUGCUAACACAACACCAAAGGUCACAAAUGUCAGCAAAGGAAUGGAAUCUUACAAUAACAUGUGGUUAGAAGUGCAAGAGGCUGCUUGCAUUCUAAACCAGUGGAUGAAUCUUAAGGUUCAUUCUAAAAGGAAAAUAAAACUUGAAAAAAUCCUUAUGUUGUUAAAAGUCCAUAGCUGUUUGCCACUAGAGUCCUUAUUUCCUGGAAACCAAAUUAGAUGUUUGCUUGGACUCACCACUCUUCUGUUUUCUGUGCGAGACUGUUUGAUGACUGGCAGGUUCCAUGGAGAUGUGUGUGAAAUUACUAUAGAAAUAUGUGUAGCUUUUGUCAGUAUUUUAGCAGGAGUUCGAAGUGUGUGGCUCUUUCCCUUUGUUGAACCAGUUCCUCUUUUGACAUGUGUACUUGACAGUUUGGCUGUCAUCAUAGACAAGGAAAAAAAUAGUUCAAUGCUUGAUACUCUGAGGACCUGGAACAGUCAUUUCAUUAACAGUUUGAUUAAACUAGCAAUAAGAGAUGUAUCUGUGAAGAACAAUUUACAGGAUAUUGUGAAAUACAUAUCAGAGGAGCUGUACAGUGAAGAACGUUCUGGAAAGAAAGAUAUUAUCGUAAAAGCAGCCAUAAUUUUGCUUUCACAUUUGGCUGAGGUAUCUCAAAGGUUACACAUGAAACCCCAGUUAAAUGAAACUUGCAACAAAAUGUUGCAAGAAAUAAGUACAGUUUUAGAUACGUGGCUACAUCGUUGUCCACUGAAGAACUGGAGUCAGCUAGAUGAACACAUACAAUCACUGGUCUUAGAUGGCUUUGGUGUUCUUGUUGAACUCUCGUGCAAAGGAAAAGUUUCAGCUAAAAAGUGGAAGAAGAAUCUUAAUGCUGUUCUACAUUUGGUUUACGAAUCUCUUCACCAACCUGUUUGUAAUUUUUAUCAAAAAAAAUCAAGCCUGAAGGUGUUGAUUGUCAUUUGUUCCAACAAGGUGCAUAUUGAUAAGUUACCAACACAUUUUGUGGAAUCAACGUGGAAUACCCUAAUCCAACACUUAUUGGAGUCAGACACUGACCUGAUGACAAAUCAAUCUGUAAUUCACACAACUUCAGAAAAUUAUCAAAACAGUACAAGACUGUUUCAAACCAGUUUUGGUGAAAAUUCACUGAAAAUUGCUCUUGACCAGAAAAAAGAUCUGAACUCAGUUAUCUUUUCUUCAGAAACAACCUUUUCUUAUGAAGAUUCACUGAGGACUAGCCAAAAUGUGUUGGAUUUACCAGAAAUAGAAUUCAAAGCUUUAUCUUCUAUUGUUAAAACUUGUAAUGAAAAUGAAUUUGAGAAAGCAUUGCAGCAUCUUUUGGAGGAAUCCAACACAAUACUUGGCAAACAACAAUUAUCAGACAAGAUUCCUUGUUUGAUUCACAUCUGGAAGCUACUUUUGAAGUUGGACUUGGAACAUGGACAACAGAAACUUCUUUCAAGAGUAUUUCAGACAGUUAUUUUUCAACUACAGUUUCUUACUGCCUACAUGAGCACUGCACCAAACUUCAGCAUAGUAUUACUUCCUGUUUUGGAUUUAAUGACAGUAGCACUAUGGAAAGGCAAGAUGUUUCUUAGUAGUCAAUCUGCAAUUUCGUGUCUUCAUGCUUGUGAGUACAGCAACCUGAUGAAUCUGGCUAAUCAACCCAAAUGUUAUGCAUCAGUGUUUGGAGCUGUGUGUGGUGUUUUAAAUGAACUCCUUAUUCAACAUCUGCAUACAGUUUUAGCUGCUGUGCCACCUUUUAGUUCCUGUGUUUCUCUUUUAUUGAGAAGCAUGGUGCAAGCAGCAGAUCAAACCAUUGUGAACAGUUGUGAAAUUUAUCUUCAACAAGAACUUCACACUUGUACUCAGAAUUUGGAAAGACUUCUCACACUUUUGUCAGCUCAGAAAAUGGAACUGUCUAAAUUGGCCCCCUAUCUUGUUGCUGAUUAUGUCUCUGAAGCUCAGAAGGUUACAAUUCAUCCAGUUUUAAAGAAAUCCAUUGUAUUAGGCAUUUUUCGAGUUCUGGAUGUGUGUAGUUCACACAGUUUGUCCAUGCUUCAAGCUACUUUAUCAUCAGGAGCAAAGGAGAUAUUUAAAGUGUUGCAUGAUGAUUAUCACAAAUUUCAUCGGUACAAAGGACAUGUAUAAACAUUGUAUUUAAUUAUAUCCUGUAUAUAAGGAAUACUUUUGUAUGUUUGAAUUUUUCUGUUAAUAAAGGAAAUUAAUGAGUGUCACAAAUA